AUGAGACGCCCCAAUUUCGCGCCAUUCCAACGGCGCUCUGCGCAUAGUCCUUAUCACUACUGCGCGUCGAAUAUCUCAUACAUGGCGCAACCUCAUUCUCGUUCGACUGUCACGUUAGACAGCACCUUCACUCUUGGAGAUACCGUUGAGGAGCAAACACGGGAUCGACAUUUCUAUGCCAGACGCUUCUGGACUCACCUUGUCGACUCGUCGACUCCAUCGAGUGGGACUCCGCUCAUCGUCUGCGAGCCGUUUGGGCAAUAUAUCCUUGAGCAACACGUUCCGUUUGCUUUGCGUGGGAAUCUCAUCUUGUUACCUUACCCUCGCCAACCGAUCUUGCACGUCAACCCUACCCAGUACGUCGAGACUUCGGCCGCUUCCGAAACCAACAUGGCCAACAUCAAUACUAUGAGUGUCUCUUCCUUCGGGAGAGUAAUGACCUGUAACUUGUCAGACGACGAAUUCUACUGGGACGUCGUCAUGGAACACCGUGACUAUGAGUUCAACGAGCGUACGCACUAUAGUUUCACCAUUCGGUACAUUGUGAGUCAUUGGAUAAUGACCACCUCGCCCGACGACACAUUCGUCGAUGGCUCAAUACUCUCAAUCUUGGGCUCCAUUAGCUCGUACGGACUCGACGCGGCCUCAUGGACAAUUCGUGCACUCCGCGUACGACCAGCACCUGCGGAAGCUCUUCAUCAUUAG